UCAGGGAGGAGCCCCGCGCGCUGCCAUGUUUUUGUACGGUGGGAGCGCAAAGCACGCUGGGACCGGUUGUCUUGGUUUUGAAGUUGAGGAUGGCGGGAACUCUUGGACUUGUCCUGAUUGAGCAAGAAGAGAGGAGUUAAGGAGAAAGAAAGCCGUAUUACUGGUGCCCGGACAGUUUUAUGGAAAGGCUCUUGAGAAGCCGAGGAGGAGAUGGAGCUGGCGAAUACUCUAAGUCAAGACGGCGAGUCCGGAGGAGGUGUUUUAGCUCAUUUGGAAAGACUAGAGACUCAAAUGAGCAGAUCCCAUAAAAAAUUGGAGGAGCCACAGAGCGCACAGGCAGUGGAAAGUGCCCUUGGAACCGAGAUUCGUCAACUGAGAUGUCUGCGAGAUAAGCUGAGGGCUGAAGUGAGACACCGCCAAGCCAGAAUUAAAGCAUCUACUGCCAGUGUAGCGCCCGACCAAACCCUGGAGAUGAGUGAACAAGACAUUUUGAAGAGAAGGCAGGAAAACUUGAAGGCCAUUCUGCAGGCAUAUCGUUUUACAGGGAUCAGUGGGAAACUGACCAGCCGAGGAGUCUGCGUCUGCAUCAGCACUGCUUUUGAGGGGAACCUUCUGGAUUCCUAUUUUGUGGACCUCGUCAUACAGAAACCACUUCGGAUACAUCACCAUUCGAUUCCAGUCUUCAUUCCCCUGGAGGAGAUAGCUGCGAAAUACCUACAGACUAACAUUCAGCACUUCCUGUUCAUUCUCAGCGAAUACCUAAAUGCGUACUCCGGGCGGAAGUUCCAGGCAGAUCGGCUUCAGAGUGACUUUGCAGCCCUUCUGGCCGGGCCCUUGCAGAGAAACUCACUGUGUACCGUGCUGUCAUUUACUUACAACGUGGAGCUGAAGGGCCAGUCCUUCCCCUUUGGUGCUAGACUGCUCUAUAAGGACCUCACAAUAACCCUUCCUACCGACGUCUCCGUUACCCAUCAAGGAAUGGACACAUUACCAUCCACAUGGGAAGAACAGCGAGCAGCCCAUGAAAGUCUGUUUUUUAAAAAGCCCCUACAUCAAGUGUUUACUUCAUUUGCAAGAAAAGGAGACAAGUUGGAUGUGAACCUGGCCUUCUAGAAUGUUAUCUGCAUUGAGGACACAUCUGAAGAGAGUAAACUAGUCCUGGACGUAGCUGGAGGCAAGGUGCUGGAAACUGAGAACUCCUGAAAGGCCCAGUCUCCGUGCCUGGGGAACGUGCCUGUGGUGAGAACAGACGCCUGCCUCAUCCGGACAGUUGGGGCAGGUUUGGGUCCAUAGCCUUGGCGUUUUUGGAUGUUCUCCACGAUCGCCUGGCCACUUGUCAUAAUGCUCAAGGUCAUUGCCGCUGCUUUUGAUCCUACAUCUCUAGCUGAAAAUCAGAGUGGUUUGCGGGGUGAGAGAAAGAGAAUGUACCAUGCCACUGAGGAGUACUUCUAGCUUUUAGGAAACCUUCCAGUGAUUUUGCCUCAGCUCCUAUUUGCGACUUUUGACAAGAAAGUUCUUAGAAUGCUCUAGGUUCAUGAUGACAGACUUAGACAAGGAAAGUGUAUUUAAUCUUUGGUCUGGAAUGGUAUGUCCUAGGCCACCGCUUUACAAAGGAUGUGGUGUGAGAGUGCACUGGGGAUAAGAUGAUUGGCUGUAGGAAUAACAUUUCCUAGAGCGUGUUAGCGGAGUGCUGGGUGGAUCAAGGCAGCCGUCCAGAAAGCUGGGCAGAAGCCCUCUUGCCCCCCCAGCCAUUGCGCAGGGCGGCAGACCUCCCUCCUUGCUCCCUUCCCUCUCCUGCAGACUCUAGGCCAUGGCAGCGCAGUUGUCUUCAUCUCCUGCCCCGAUUCAUGCACCACUUAGAACCAGGGCCUCUUCCCUGCUGGUGGUGUGUGUUCCUUGGCCUAUGGGAGUGUGUGCUGUCGUCAUGCCAUUUUCAUUCUCGUCCCCUAAAUAGGAAUCAAUACUCCCCUUGCUGCCCAAGGCCCAGUGCUGCGUUCUGGCCUCACUCGAGAUGGGCAGCAGCCCCUGCCAACUCUGGGAGCACCACGGGGAACCGUCUAGCCAGCCUGGAUGAGCAUCUAGAAGGAAGCAGCUCGAGAACGAGAGCAGGGCCUUAGUUCAAGCUCUUGCUUUCCAGGCACAUGGUGAGGAGCAGGGUAGGAGGGAUGAGGGCUAUUGACAGAAUUUUCACAAUGAUCACAUGUAAGUUGAAUAAAGCUUUUAAUAAAACAGUCUUGUUCUUUAUCAA